AUGAAAUUUGAAAAUUUAAAUAUUAAGUUGGACUACAUAAAUGAUAAAAUCAGCAAAUUAGAUAUUAUUAAACUCGCAAACAAAAUUAUAAUUGUAGCAGCCACUUAUGAUCAAAAAAUUAAUAAAGUGUUGUUUUAUGAUGCUACAAAGUCAGAUGAUAAUGACCAUUCUUUAAAUCUGAUUUCGAAAUUUGAUAUUGCAGGCGAUCCUACCUGCAUUAUAAGACAUUUAGAUUCAAUAUUUAUUAGCACAUCAAAAGGAAACCUAUACAUCUUUUUUAUAAAUAAAUUUUGUGAAAUUUCUUUUAGCAAAUAUUUUGACUUUGGUAAGAAUGAUAGUUUGAUAAACAAUGGAUUUCAUAAUGAUUCUUGCACAGCCCUGACUGUUGAUACUAUCAAUGAUAAUCUUAUUAUUUCCUUUAUAGAUGGCACUUUGAAAAUCUUGGAUUUACAAACUGAUAAAAUUAUUCACACAAUAUCCAAUUUCCAUAAUACUUACCUAAGUACUCUGAAAUUUAUUCCACCAAACUCUUUGUUGUGCGGUGAUUUGUGUGGGACCGUUAAAUUGGUCGAUUUGAAAACGAUACUUACAAAAUUAUAUCACAAAAGCUUUUACUCCCAAAAUAUAGAUGGAGGCAUAUCCGCUCUCGACGUUCACCCCUUCAAUUCAAACCUCGUGGUCUGCGGUGACGAUCAAGGCCUGCUAACUUUUUGGGAUCUUAGGAAACAAGCAUUUCCUGUUCAGAAUUCUUUUAAUAAACACAAAUCAUAUGUAUCCGGCAUCAAAUUCCAUCCAAAUUUUCCCAACAAAAGCCUCUUCUCCUGUUCUCACGAUUCUAAACUCUUAGCGUGGUACAACGAACAAAACACGUCCGACAUGUUUAGCUCUGCAAACGACCUCGAUAUCCAAACGAUUGAUUUACUCGAAGAUUCCAAUAGUUGCUCAAUCAAUGGAAUGGCUUUAGAGAGUGAUAUAUUGGUGGCUUGCACAGAUAACCAGGGUAUCUUCCGUAUCUACCUCGAAAAUUUUAUCUCCAUGACAUAAUAGAUCCAUUUGAUAUUUUAUUUUUGUCAAUCAGAUAUUAGUUAUACUUAUACGU